UCAGCCGCCGCUUCGCGUCGCGGGCGGACAUCGGGGGGAAAAAAGAUUACGGAGGAACGUAUAGCGGCUCUCUAAAACUUCCGUAAAGUCGUGAUAUUGAAUGCCGCGACGGUGACGGAAUGCCGGCGUGAUUAUCGUCGAUACAGACUCUUUCUUUAGGCGUGUUCUUCGUCAUAAUACUGGCCGAAGCAUGACAGAGAUGACAACAAUGACAGAAUUCGAGGAAAAUGUAUCCUUCGACGCGGACGAUCCAGACUUUGCACCUUCGCCUCCCGUGAUACGAAACGUUCUUCGUGAUGCGCGUCGUUUCGCGGAAAAAUUCGACAUUAAAGUACCCACUUAUCAGUGCAACAUGUCGGUUACUUCCGUGCAGCCAGCCACAACCGAGAGCCUCUCCCGCCACGGGAGCAACAUCUCGUUAUCCUGUCAUAGCUUGUGCGGCAGCUUGGACGAUAGCCUGCUGCAAGAGCCGCAUCAAUACCACGACAAAAUCCUUACGAUCGAGGAAUUGCGCGCCCAGUUGAACUCCUGCUUUACAUGCGGAGUGUCGUGGAGCGAGGAACAUGUCUCCCUGGACUGCAGCGAGUGCGGCGGUUAUUCCUUACAACGGCCGUGUCCGCUCUGCGACGGACGUUGUCAUACCGCGUGGAAGCGCGACCUCACCAUGUCCCAUGCGAGUGGCAAGGCGAGAUGGAUCGGCGAAUGCGGACUGAGCUGCGGACCUUCCUUGGAAGAGUCGUUGGUGCCCGCGUUUGAGAAACUACGGGCCACCUCGUGAACGGCGCCGGUUCAAGCACCGCCAACCAUGCACAAGACUUAAUCCAUCACCAUCCAUCUAGCGUCACCCAUCACCAUUGUGUGCGAGAUUCAAGAGAAAAAGAGAGAAAGAAUGUGUGAAUGUGGACCGCGGAUGAUGCGUUAUGUUCCUGCGGAGGGCGGCUGACAAGGAGGAAAGAAUUAAAGGAGGUCUGUUCCGGACUCCCGCGGCUUUUCCCGAGAUACAAAGUCGGAUCCAGCUGGUCCCUCGAUAUCGGAGACUAACGUCGUCAUUAUCAUCGUCGGAAGUACAAAGCUACACGUCCACCAAGGAUUUCUACGAUGUACCGGAAGAUAACUACAUUGUAACAAAUUGGUUCGAACUGCUCGUUAUUGAGAAUGGACUUCUCUUUCGGAGGAUUUACACUAAUUCAAUUUUUUUAAAUAAAAAAUUCAAAAUUGGAAGAUAGGUAAUUUGCAAUUUUGCUUAAAAAAAUGUUAAAUUUUUCUGCUCAAAAACGCAGCACAUUCACGAAGCAGAUCCUUUGAAUUUUUGUCAGAUUAUAGAUUCUGUCGCGACAAUUCGAUAGAGACGUGUAGCAUUGACUAAGAAUGAUUAGGUAUGAAUUGUACGAAACACAUUUGGAUAAUUCCAUUUCCGAGUGAAUCUCGAUUUAUCUGACGAUUUGUAUAUAACGUUCGAGAUGUAAACUUCACGGUAAGAGAAUAAUUUUUUAAAUUUACGUAGAUACGAACAAAGCAUGUUAUAAUCGAAACAUAUAGCUCGCUAUUUUGAGAGUUAUACGAUUCAAUGUCCUCGAGUGAAUUAAUUUUAACUAUGCUGGUUUUGAAAUAUCGAUUUUAUGUCAUAAUCUAUCAGUUAUUGCUUUUGAAAAUGUUUAAAUCCUUAUAACAAUUGAAUUUUCCAAUUCAAUUUUCUUAUGUGUGCGUUAAAUAAGAGAAUUGCACUUGAAUCGAUCAAUUUAAUAAAACUGUGAGUUCAUAAUGUCCAUCAAUUAAAAUAAAUUUGUGCUAAAAAUGUGUUUUCUAAAAAUUUAAAUUCCAUGAAAACAAUGAAAACAAUAUAGCACUAUUUUAACAUCUAUGCGAUAUGAUUAACUAUCGUUUGAAGACAAUCUUUAUCUCACAAAUUAUGUUAUUGCUAUUGUUAUUUCCAAAAUGACUUUAAUUCCUGGACUUGCAGCGUUCUUAAAGGGACCGAUUCACAUACUUAUAGAAAAUUCGAUUUUUCAUUGUAGAUUGAUUAUUAUGAGUAUCUUCAAUUUUUUAUAUCGAUUAAAAUUGUCUGUCGUAGCAUUUUUGAGAGAUGCUGUUGCGCAAAAUCGCGACUAUGGCGAGAUUUUAAUGAUAAUUUUAAUGAUAACUUAAAAAUCUUCGGUCGUUUUUACAAUAGUCCGAGAAGCCCAUUUUUCACUUUAUUUUACGUAACGAAAGUUACAUCUCGGCCUCUCUCGGUCGCGCCAAAGAGCGCAAGUUUACAUUAUGUGAAUUUUAGGAUAAUUAUUAGGUGACAAUUCAUCGAUCGAGCGAACCGAUGGCGAAAAGGACCUGUUGACGGCUUUUCGCGCGCGAGAGCACGACGUAUCGAUAUUGUAAGUAAAUAAUUAUUCGGUAUCUCUCGCUUAUAUAAAUUAUCACAAUUAUCAUCGGCGAAUCGAGCUUUGCGAAUGUAUACGAUUAUAAAAAUUAGUCGAAGUUUUUCAUGUCUCUCUAGCGAGGACCUAGUGUUAAUGUGACACGAUUUAACCAUCAUAGUCCUAAGGAUCGAUAGACAGAAUUGAUGUGUUACGAGACUUUGAGAAAUAUUAUUUCCACAGAUUAGAAUUAGAGAAUUUGUCGUUUGAAGCGUUUUUGCACGUUGGUACGGCGUUACAAAUUGCUACAGUGAUAAAAGGAAAGGAUGCACGAAUUUACAACUGUAUUAUCCGUUCGUAUAUUGUAACGGAAACUCUUAUACGAAUCUCUCCUUGGGUCUAUGAAAGUUUCAAAAGAGCUGAUUGUGUAUUUAUAAUGCAUUUUUCGAUAAAGAUACGUCUUGCUCGCUUUAAAUCGUCCGCUUUCCCGGCGAGAGCUUUGCCAAGUCGUUGGUAGAGAUGCUCUCGGCCUCAAGGGCGCGUGAUUUCAUUGCGCUCACGCAUUUCAACAAUUGUAGACUCGACACAAAGUAGAUUGCGAAUGCCACAAACUUCACGGAUUAUUGAGAAGAGAAUCUCGAAAAAAUCAAAGUUAUUUCACCAAUAAUGCUUUACCCGCGACAUUUUUUUAAAUACGAUAUAUCUACGUUUUUUAAUAAUAUCUUUUGAAAAAUAUAACAGGAUUAAUUCAAUAUAUAUAUAUAUAUAUAUAUAUAUGAGUAAUGUUUAUAUAUGCGCAUUAUUUUGUGAAUGUUUUAAUAUACAAAUUCAAUUAUAAUACUCUUAUCCUAUUAUGCCAUUAAUUGGCACUUGCAGGAUUAUUUGUGUCGAGCCAUAUUUUGGAAAGCAUUUACGUCGUGCCAAUAACUUUUUCGGAUUUUUAAUCAUUGUUUUAUAAGAAUUCCGUGCCGAAAGCGCCGCUUUUAUAGCGAGAUUAGGAACAAAAGAACGUUUACCGAUUUUUUUCGGCAGCGUAUAUUAUAUCUCUAUAUAUAUUGCGAGUGUAAGUACAUGCUCAUCAAAAUGCAUCCUCAUUUAUUAAAUUAAACCGUAUUGUGUAAAAACUUUUCUAGAGUAUUAGCUCGCAGUGAGCUUUAGUUUAAUGCUUUAGAAAGUGUCCUCGGUAGUAGUUUUUAUUUAAUCUGUGAACUUCUUAUUUAUGACGAAUACUGCAAAAGUAUGGGUUUAAUAAAUACUUAUAAAAAUA